AUGAUUCAACCGCGAAUCCAACAGCACAACAAGUCUCCAAUGUCAUCCCUCAGAUCGUUCAUUAAAUCGGUCCGCAAGGCCAAGACAAUUGCCGACGAGCGUCUGGCGGUUCGGAAGGAGCUGGCGGCCAUCAGAACCGCCUUUAGAGAUGCCCAGCUCGAUAACAAUAGUCGUCGAAUCAACAUUUCAAAACUCGUGUAUCUCUAUAUUAUCGGUGAAAAAACCCAUUUUGGUCAAGUUGAGUGUCUCAAGUUGCUUGCGUCGCCCAGAUUUGCUGAUAAGAGACUUGGUUAUUUGGCCACUCUGUUGCUUUUAGACGAAAAUCAUGAGGUCUUGACUCUCUUGACCAACCUGUUGGACAACGAUAUGCAGCAUCCCAAUGCGUUUAUCGUGGCACUAGCACUCUGCUGUUUGGGCAACGUUGCCCUGCCGGAACUUUCCCGCGAUCUAUACACAAAUGUGGACAAAAUUAUAGGCUCCAGUAAUGCGUAUCUUCGCAAAAAGGCCCUUUUUGUGGCAGCAAAACUCGUCCAUAAAGAUCCAGAUCUUGCCGAGGUCUUCGCACCUCGACUCCAACACUUGGUCGCAGACAAGCUGGCGGGACCGCUUCUUGGAGCCCUCAGAUUGGUGCAAUCAGUGUACGAGUACAGUCCGGCCCACCGCCCAGAAUUAGUAGCAUUGAUACCAGCCGUGGUGUCACACCUUAAAAGGGUAGCCGCCAGUGGCUACAUGCCUGAUUAUGACGUCCAUGGCAUUGUGGAUCCAUUUUUACAGGUUCUGUUGUUGUCAACUAUACGUAUUCUAGCCCAGGACGACCCUCACCAAUACCUCGAACAGAUCAACGAUAUUCUCACCCAGGUAGCAUCCAAUGACCCAGGAAAGAAUUCUGCUCAUGCAGUGCUUUACGAAUGUGUAAAGACCAUCUUUGCCAUUCCAUCAGAUCAAUCACUCCGAAUUCUUGCCGUGAACCUUCUUGGUAAAUUUUUGUCCUCCAAAGAUAACAAUACUCGCUACGUGGCUCUCGAUACAUUGCUUACAGUGGUACCUCACGAACCAGUUGCCGUCCAGCGUCACCGUCAGACAAUCGUUGCCUGCUUAAAUGACGGCGAUAUCUCCAUUCGUAGAAGAGCUCUCGAACUCAGUUUUGCAAUUCUCAACGAAAAUAAUAUUCGGGUGCUUGUCCGCGAGAUUCUUUCCUACCUUGAAUCGUCGCCUGAUUCCGAUCUCAAACCGUUUGUGACGGCUCAAUUGACGGUUGCGGCUGCGAGGUACGCACCCAAUGAAAAAUGGCAUUUUGAUACUAUGAUUCGAAUGCUUAAAACCGCAGGGAACUACGUGACUGCAGACAUCAUCUCCAACAUCUUGGCCCUCAUCAUUCAGUGCAAGGACACUGAUCUCAAAAAGCAUAUUGUUGGACGGUUGUUAUCUCUUUGUUUGGAGGACGACACUCAAUUUGGUUUGGCAAUGGUAUGCGUUUGGGUGAUUGGAGAAGACUCGGAUUUGAUAUUAGGUGGUCCCAUUGAUAACAGUGGUACGGAAAGUGAACCUAACUCAAGAGGUUCGCUUAUUCCAGUUACGGAGGAGCUCAUUCUCUCUCUUCUUGAACGUCUCGUCAAUAACACCACCUAUUCUGAUUCAGAAACAGUUCAUCUCGUGUCUUACGUGCUCACGGCGGCUAUCAAACUUUCGGUCAAAUUCACUGAGCCAUCAUCAAUUGAAAAGCUCCGUCUAAUUAUAAACGAACGUACUCACGACAACAACCUCGAAAUCCAGGUGCGGGCGGUAGAAUAUCAAGAGAUAUUUGCACUCGAACCCAGUUUGAAGAAAGGACUCUUGUCGAAAAUGCCUCCUCCGCCUGUAAAGCAAAGGGAAGCUUUGAGCUUGAAGGGUACAAAGAAGAGCGAUGACACCAAGACGGUUUCUUCUGGUUCGCUCAACACUACUGAAGAUUUGCUUUUGGACUUGAUGGACGAGCCAAAGGCUGAGAGAAACAACGAUCUUCUUAGUUCCAUAUUCAACAAGCCAGAGAACGGGUCGAAAACGAGCCACUCAGCAAACAAUGCAGCGAACUCCGCAAGCAAAUCAGCAAACAUACUCGAUUUGUUCGAAACAAAAGCGCCUGCACCAUCUUCUGUUUCAGUACCUUCCGUUCCUCCUGCAUUUUCCAACUCAUCCAUUGCCGUGGCAUUUAUUCCUCAAGUUACAUCACCUGGAAAUGCUUCGAUUGAGGCAUUGGUAACAAGCAAUACCGCCUCGCCCAUCACUCAAUUUCAAUUGAUGGUUGCGGUGCCCAAGAGUCAAAAGUUGACGAUUUCAUCGACGUCUGGUGAUACGCUCACUUCUGAAAAUCCCAUUGUUCAACAUCUCAAGGUUUCUGGUAAGGAAGGUGCCAAGGUGAAGUUUCGGGUCAAAGCAAAAUACAACGUGGGCGGCAGUUUUCAGGAAGAAAUGUUUGACGUUGCCGGCAUAACGACGUUGUAA